CUGUCUGACUGCUGAAUGGCAGGGUACGAAGGGGAGAAGUUAACAAAGAUCCUGAAGGACAUCGAGGGGAGCUCGCUGAUGCUGCUCGAUCGCUGGAGCUUCGAGGUGACUGAAUCGGUCCCUGAGAAGGGAGAUCCUGUCCCUUACAACAUCAUCAAUAACUACUUCUCAAUCGGUGUGGAUGCGUCCAUUGCUCACCGGUUUCAUGUCAUGAGAGAGAAGUAUCCGGAAAAAUUCAACAGCAG